CCACCAACUCCCUUAACUACAAACAGUGACUCCAAUUCUGAAAUUCAAUCCCGACACCGAUCCCUUCCUCUUCCGUUUAAUUACAACACCGCGUAAAUCUCACUAUCCUCGAAGAUUCUAUUUCAAACUUAAAGUUGUUAUCACCAUAUAAUUAUCAUUUUCUGUUCACUUCGCCCCCUCUUCACAUCCUCUGCUAGUGCUAUCUACAAAAAAAAAAAAAGCUCCUGUUCAUCUGCUUUUUUGUUUUCCCACAGUGCUCUGUGGAUGUCCGCUUGCAGGUUUUGAGAUCAGACUGCAUUGGAGAAACAACAUCGUCAAUGGCGGAAACAAAGCGCUAUGCUGUUGGCAAUCCAUUAGAUAUUGAGCAAAUACUCUCAGAAGCACAACAUCGGUGGCUACGCCCUGCUGAAAUUUGUGAAAUUCUUCAAAAUUAUAAGAGAUUUCGCAUUGCUCCUGAAGCACAAAAUAUGCCACCAAGUGGUUCACUUUUUCUUUUUGACCGGAAGGUGCUUAGAUACUUUAGAAAAGAUGGCCAUAACUGGAGGAAGAAAAAAGAUGGUAAGACGGUAAAAGAAGCUCAUGAAAGGCUGAAGGCUGGAAGUGUGGAUGUCUUGCAUUGCUACUAUGCCCAUGGAGAAGAAAACGAAAAUUUCCAGAGACGCUGUUAUUGGUUGCUUGAAGAGGAGCUCUCACAUAUAGUGCUUGUCCACUACCGAGAAGUAACGAGCAGUAGGGCACAUUUUAACCGAAUCAAAGAAACUGGAGAAACUAUUCCAUAUUCUCAAGAAGCUGAAGAAGCUAUAUCUAAUGAGUUGGAUACUGCUGCCUCUUCCAUUUUUCAUCAUAGUGAUCACCACAUGCAUUCUCAAACUACAGAUGCAACAAGUGUGAAUGGUACUCAGGCAACAGAAUAUGAGGAUGCUGAAUCAGUUUAUAAUCAACAAGCAAGUUCGAGAUUUCACUCUUCUCUCGAGCCACAACAACCUGCAAUGGAGAAUAUUAAUGCUGGAUAUUAUGACCCUUAUUCUACUGUUCCAUUUUCGAAUGGUUAUCAAGGAAACUUAUCAACCAUUAGUGGGAUGGAUUUUUCACUCAGUCAGGCCAAUAAAUGUAAAGACGGAAAUGACACAGGUUUGACAUAUGAUCCCAAGAAACAUCUGGACUUUUGGUCACGGGAGAAUGUCUUGGGAAAUGGUACUCCUGCUGUUGAAUCUGUUCCUUUCCAACCUUCAUGUGUCUCAUCGCAAUCUGAUACCAUUAGAGCAUUCCCUAAACAAGACCGUGAAAUACCUGGGCAAUUUUUAACCAACAGCAUUAGCGGAAGGCAGGAGUUUGACAGUCAAAUACAGGUCUCACAGGAGUGGAAGGCUUUCAAAAGAGAUUCUUCAGAUUUACCAACAGGGACUACAGAUCAGAAGCUGCAUUCAGACUUUGUACAUGAUCUUACAUCCGAGUUCCAAGAACAAGAAACUAAAUAUAUUGAUUUAGUCAACCCUCUUAACCCCUACAGUCCGCAUCCACAUGUGCAAAACGAUCUUGCUGGGAUAAACGACCUUCCAAUGCCACUCUUGAACACAGAACUGAAACCAGGUUCAGAGAGCAGUCUGGCUGUGGAUAGAAAAUCCAUUUAUUCUUUUCAACUAGAGGCAGAAAAUUGCAAAUGGUCAUGUAUGUUUGGAGAAGUGGAAGUUCCAGCAGAGGUUAUAGCAGAUGGUGUUCUUCGUUGCUGCACUCCGAUGCACGAGGCUGGAACCAUUCCUUUCUAUGUAACAUGUUCGAAUAGAUUAGCAUGUAGUGAAGUGCGGGAAUUUGAAUACAGGACUGGCCACAUUCAAAGUAAGGAUAAGGAAGAGAAUUUUAGUGGCAGUGCAAUUGAACAUCUUCAGAUGCGGUUUGGGAAAUUAUUGCAUCUGAGUUCUGUUUGUCAAAAUUCUAAUGCCACCAGUGUACAUGAUGUAUCUCACCUAAGCAGUAAAAUCAGUCCAUUGCUGUUGGAGAACCCUGAUGAAUGGGACCAAAUGUUAAUGCUUGCUUCAGGGCCCCAAUUCUCCCUUGAAAAGGUAAAGGACCAGUUGCUUCAAAAGUUACUGAAAGAGAAUUUGCAUUCAUGGCUCUUGCAGAAGGCAGCUGAAGGUGGAAAAGGCCCAAAUGUACUAGAUGAGGGUGGUCAAGGUAUUAUACAUUUUGCAGCUGCGCUUGGCUAUGAUUGGGCCUUAGAACCCAUAAAACUUUCUGGUGUUAAUGUUAAUUUCCGUGAUGUAAAUGGAUGGACCGCACUUCAUUGGGCAGCAUUUUGUGGCAGAGAGCGGACAGUUGCUUCCCUCAUUGCUCUUGGUGCUGCUCCUGGUGCUUUAACUGAUCCAACUCUCAAAUAUCCUUCUGGUAGUACAGCUGCUGACCUAGCUUCUGCUAAUGGACACAAAGGAAUUGCUGGUUAUCUUGCAGAAUCUGAUUUGAGUGCGCACCUCUCAUCUCUUCAUUUGGAGAACCAAGCUGAUGCUGCAGACAUCUCUGACAGGAAAGCUGUAGAGACAAUUUCAGAAAAAAGUGCACUACCAAUGAACUAUAGAGAUUUACCUCAGGGAUCAUCUCUGAAGGAUUCAUUGGCUGCUGUCUGCAAUGCUACUCAAGCUGCUGCUCGUAUCCAUCAAGUUUUCAGGGUGCAGUCCUUCCAAAAGAAACAACUAAAAGAGUUAAAUCAUGUCAAUUCUGGAAUGUCAGAUGAACAUGCCCUUUCACUCAUAUCUGUUAAAACCAGCAAGCCAGGACAUGAUGAGCCUGCCCAUGCUGCUGCAAUACGGAUACAAAAUAAGUUCCGAGGUUGGAAAGGCAGGAAAGAUUUUUUAAUAAUUCGGCAGAGGAUUGUUAAAAUUCAGGCCCAUGUGAGAGGCCACCAGGUCAGGAAAAACUAUAAAAAGAUAAUUUGGUCAGUUGGAAUAUUGGAGAAGAUUAUCUUGCGUUGGAGACGGAAAGGAAGUGGCUUACGCGGAUUUAGAUCAGAAGCAGUUACCGAGAGCAUGCAAGAUACAUCCUCAAAGGAGGAGGAUGAUGAUUUUUUCAAAAAAGGCAGGAAGCAAACAGAGGAAAGGCUGAACAAAGCUCUUGCCAGGGUUAAGUCCAUGGUCCAGUACCCUGAGGCCAGAGAUCAAUAUCGUAGGCUGCUAAAUGUUGUUACUGAGAUCCAGGAAAGCAAGGUUGCCAAUGUUCUUCACAUCUCAGAAGAAGCUAUCUAUUUUGAUGAUGACCUAAUAGAUAUUGAAGCAUUGUUGGAUGAUGACACUUAUAUGCCGACUGCAUCUUGACUGAUCUCAUGCUUCAUGAUAUUUCUUCUGUAAAAUGUGCUGCUUCCCCAGAAUUCUUCUGUAAAUGUAAGUUAUUUACCAUAAUUUAAUCUAUUUAUCUCUUAGAUGCGAAGUGGGUUAAUAGUUUUAUUGAUUGCUGCUAACCUCUGCCAGUGUCGAUGGGGCUUCCCGAGAAUAUGUGACCAAUGGCAAAGCCAUAAAGAUCUAAAAAUAAUUGAAACAAAUAAGUGGAACUUCUACACAUAGUUCAGUUGUUCGGUGAAACCAUUAAACAAAAAUGUUAGUAACAUUUUUCAUUUCUCGUUAUUCUCUACUUCUCUUAAUCUUCAUUUGUUUUUCCACAA